AUGGCCGAUCCACUGCCACCACCACCGCCGGCGACCCACACUGUCCAUCUGCCACCUGAGCAAAUCCCCCGCUACCCACCGGAAAUCGCCAAGAGGAUGGCGGCCCUCACCCGCAUACAAGAACAAGCCACCACAAUGACGCCGGAGACCCUCUCCCGCCGCCGCCGCCGGAGCUUCUGCUGCCUCCUCGCUCUCAGCCUCGUCUCUCUCGCCGCCGUCCUCUCCGCCUCCACCGCCGCCGCAAUGUACCUCGCCUUCGAUUUCAAGUCGCCGGAGUACACCGUGCUUGCACUCGCGAUCCGCGGCCUGAAUAACCUGACGUCAACCUCCGAGCCCAUCUCGCCGGAAAUCACCGUCAGCAUCCGCGCGGAGAACCCCAACGGCAGGGUCGGAAUAUACUAUCUCGACGACGGGGCCGCCGGAGUCUCGUGCGGAGGGGUCGAGCUGAGCGGCGGCAGAAUGGCGGCGUUCUACCAGCCGAGGAGGAGCGUGGCGGUGGUGCGGGUGACGCUGGCGGGUUCCGGCGUGGAAUUGGGCGGCGGUAACGCGGCCUUUUUGGCGGCGUUGAGAAGCGCGGAGCGGAGGCAGAGGGUGCCGUUGGUGGUGAAGGUUGAGGAGGGGGUUGUGUUUGAAGUGGGGUCCGCGAAGACGUGGAAGAUGGUGAUCAAAUUGAGAUGCCACGUGGUUGUUGAUGCUUUGACUGAAAAGGCGGAGAUAGUUGAUAAAAAGUGUGGUCAUGCUGUCAGAUUGUGGUAA